CUCCUCACAUCCUCGGCCUUCACACACUCCCCUGCGAACGAGCCGAAGCCCAACAGCCAGACCCAUGUGGGACCCCCCCUGCGGCAACAAGCCGAACGCGUUGGAAGCUGCAAGUCCAGUCACUUCCCAAGCUUGGACGCUUGCUACCUUACUGCGUUGGACAGUCCCGGAACGCCUCUUCCUGCGGACACUUCCUCUCACACGCAGCGAGGCGCCUUGUGGGGAACGAGGCCGGCUGUGGGGGCGUAUCCCCCUGCUGGCCGGAUCGUGGGACCCUGGGCCUUGCUGCUGGUUGGGCAUUUGUCGGUCUGAGAAGCCUAGGAGAGAGCGGUGCCUGCGGAAAGGCCAAACGACACGCCCCCCCGGGAAUUCCGCUGCCCGAGGUCGACCGAGAGACGUCCGGACGGGGACCCUUUUCUUUGACAAAACUCGCCCCAGCGUGUGUCGUCUUAUCCCAUGUUGUCGUCACGGCUCCUUCAAUGGUGAUUUCCCUCUGAAAGCUCAGCAAGGUCUCGUGCCCCUUUUGGGUCUCAUGGAUGGCACACGGCGAUGGCGUCCGCAUGAUAAUGGUCCGGUUUCCCCUCCUUUCCUCAUCUCCAUUUCCCCGCGUUUUGCCAGCGCGCGAGUCCUGUUAGCCAAGGCCAGCUAAGACCAGCCAGUACUGUACCGCGCCUCGAACGAGCAGCAAUAGCAGCCAUUGAAAAACGAAGCGCUUAGGGCACAGGGGGGGUUGGAGGGAUGGUUGGAGGGGUGAAGGGGUGAAGGGUGAAAGGGCAUGGACGCACCAACGGCUGUGGCUGAUGCUUCCCGUUCAGGGCGUGACGAGUGGCGUCGAAUUCCCCUAACGAAGUGUGUGCGCGCGCGUGUUACUACGUAGUACUACUGUGUAUGCGCGGGUAUGGUGUGUCUUGGUAAUGCGUUGGUGAUGUGCUUCCUCCCAUCUAGAUUGUUGUGCCAUGUUGGGCCAGACUCGUAUCGCUUCAGCGCAUCUUCAUCUCAUU